GGAACUCAGAGUCAGACACCUGAUUUGAAAGCUGCCUUGCAGUAUUAUGAGAAGAGUUGUGUCUUAGGGUUUGGGAACGGAUGCUUCAACGCUGCGCAGAUCCAUAUGCAAACAGGGGAAGAUGAAACAAAAGUUUUGAAAGCUCUCCCCCUCCUGUCAAGAGCCUGUGAAUUAAAAUGUGCGGAAGGUUGUUUUUACACUGGAGCAUUGUAUCUCUCUGGGAAGUUUGUGGAAAAGGACCUUGCAAAGGCUUUUCAAUUUAACCAGAAAGGUUGCAAUCUAGAACAUGUCGGAUGCUGCAGCAAUCUCAGUCUGAUGUAUCAGCACGGUCAUGGCACAGAGCAAAAUAGCACGCUGGCUGCUGAAAUGAAGAAAAGAGCUUUACAUUUUUCUAUAGAGCAUGUGAAAAAACAGCCUGUUAUUAAAGUGAAUGAAUGA